AUGGAUCCCGAUGGCCUGGAGGAUGCACUGGACCUGUCGAGAGACAGGUCCCAGAAUCAAGGCGUGUACAUCUACAAACCUGCAAAAUUUGGGAAAGCUACAGACGAACGACCUCCGAAACGGCGCAAGGUCUCCUUGACCGAUAACGAGGGAAAGCAACAUAAUGAGCAAUGCUUUGUGCCCUUAUUAAACGGAGAGGAAACCGCUGAGUGCGUGAAGUUGCGAUACGAUACCUAUAAGCAGAUGUGGUCGGAACAGGAGCACAAGAUUCAGGCUAUUCUUGAGGACGUCGAUGCUGGGGUCUUGAAGGAUGUGCUUUCCUUUGUGAGGGAGUCUUCACCUCCAACAUGCAACGGAUGUAUACCAACGGCUUUAGUGACGGUGGGCUCCAACGUAUCCUCUCUAAGCAGAUUACUCUCUCGCCUCAACGACCAAUUGACGACAUCCGGAGAGGGCGGUGUCGUGGUUCUGGAGUCAGGCGAUGCGCCUAACCUGAAGACAUCGCUGAAGAACAUUAUUCGAGCUGCGAUUACCAACACCGAAGAGAAAGGGCACCAAAAGUUGGUCCUCGCCUUGCGAGACAGCGAGGCCUUUGAUCCUGGGCUUUUGAUGGAUCUUCUAUCUCUAUUCAAGUCGUGGCUUGAUCGGAUUCCAUUCACCGUGCUCCUUGGUAUAUCAACCUCAGUUGAACUUUUCGAAGGUCGACUUCCCCGAUCUUGUGUCUCCUUACUUCAAGGAAAGCAUUUCGAGGUUCAAGAAGCAGGCAACUGCGUCGACCGUAUUUACGAGGCCAUACAGACAGAUCACAAUGGAAAAUUGUGGAUUGGUCGCAAUAUCACUAGCACUCUUUUUGAAAAGGCAAGCGACUAUUUUCAGACUCCGGAGGCUUUUAGUCGUAUGGUCAAAUAUGCGUAUAUGUCGCAUUUCUUUGCCAAUCCUCUUGCUGUGCUUCUGGGCUCCCCGUCAGUGUCUACACUCUCUCAGGGUCAUUUUUGUGAGGCAAUACGUAACCUUCCAUCUUUCCGAAUGUUCUGCGAUGACCUGGUCGAGGUUGGCUCUACCAAUGACGCACGAAAUCUGCUAGAGAAUGAUGAGUACCUACUCCAAGAAGUACUCAGCCACUUUGGAGCCGGGCAGGAAAAAAUGCAACAGCUUCUCCAGGCCGUGUUACUUAUUCAUGCUUGUCUUCAGCACACGCAAAGCACAAAAAAGACCAGUAUAUCUGAUCUAUCAACCCGCGCCCUAUCUGGAGAGCUGAGUGAGUCUCAAGUCUUGGAUGAUAUGCUAGCCACCGUGAGAACACUCGACUCCGGAAAACUGGGGGUUUUGCUUUCGUCCUUGCCUAAAAGUUCGUCCGUGCAUGCGCUAUUGGAAGAAAUCCAGGCAGAUUUCGCAACCUUGCUCGGACAGUCUAUACACUCCGUGCCACUACGCAGCGAAUACAAUAUAAACAGCUCCGUGGUGAAGACGACGGUUGUCCAGCAACGAAUUCUACUCAGCAAAGGCAAGGCCAACUUAUCGGAACAAGAUGUUGAAUACACCAAAGUUGUUGAUCGACUAGUUGGUGCGUUCCAGGAGUAUUUCGCAGAGACCUUGAUCCGGCCACAGGAUUUGUUUCUACAUGAAGCGUUUUUGUUUGACCUGCGAAACCCCCUGAAGGAAACCUUUGCCCCUCGGCCCCGAUUUGCGCUUGAGCGCGCCUUGGGAAGUCCCUUCGACUAUCUGAUUUCUUCAACAGAUCGAAAUGAGAAUAAGGUCUCAGCAAAGCAGCCUGCCACGGCUAUCUUAUAUCAGCUCUAUCUUGAGUCCGGGGCAUUGAUCAAUGUUCACGAUCUGUGGCAAGCGUUCUAUGGAGUCUUCGAGAGCGAUCAGGGCAACCAGUGCGACGACCGUAUGGUCUUGUCCAUGUUCUACGGAGCCAUGUCUGAUUUGAACAGAUUUGGGAUGGUCAAAAAUAGUCGGAAGAAAGCCGACCACUUGGCCAAGUCAUCGUGGAUGGGUUUGUAG